AUGCCAUAUACUUCCGAAAGACUUGAGCUAGCCCGCCAACUCUUCUCAAACAAUGGAACUACCCUCAAGGCCGUCGACGACCUGACAGACUCUUUCUACGAGCUGCGAAACCGGGAGCAAAACAGCCCCAACAGCCUGGCAUCUUCUUGGGUUGAUGAUGAUAAGGAUGAGGACUAUGAGCCUCCCGAGACUCCAUUGAAGCCCAAGCGCAAGUCACCUGCAUCUAGCCCUGGAGUUCCAAGCCCUAAACGCACGAAGUCUCUUUCUCCGAAGUCCAAGGCAUCUUCAGACACUACCACCGACGAAGGGCAAAUGCUGCUCUCAUCGCUUCCCGACUCCUUUGAGACCACGCUCAGCAUUGGGGACCACGACUCCCGUUACCACCUCCGUACUCGCAAGAGAUCCGGCACCGAAGCCGACAAAUGCACCAUCAAGCCGGCACAAGAUUUUCUGGAAAUUCCUGAUUCGGAGGGUGAACAACCUGAGGCGAAGGCUUGCCGUGGAUGCCAGGAGCUUCAACUCGAUUGCUCCCUCGAAACUUCUCCCUUCGACCAUGCCUGCACUAAUUGCAAGGCUGACCUGAUUGACUGUGAACUGUGA